AUGCUGCUGCUCUCCUUCCUGCCUCACCUUUACCCGAUUCCUUCUACAUUAGUGGGCUGAAUUUGAUUGCCUAAACAGAACCAUUAAAUGCCACGUGAGGUCCCCUCACGUAUUCCUCUUUACCUGUGGGACGGUCACAAGUUUUUCUCUCUCUGUACACGUACCUGGGAUUGCCCCAACCCAAAUGCAACUCUCUGAGGUUCACACGGACCCGCUUUCUCAUCCUGUCCAGGUCCCUGUGGAUGGCAACCCUCCCUUCUGUUGUGUCACCUGCAGCACUCAGCUUUGCUGUGGACUCACUCGGUCUCGUCGUCGCGGCCACUGAUAAAGAUGCUCAGGAUUACCAGGCCCAAGAUGCACCCCUGGGGAACACCACGUCUCACUGACCUCCACCUGGACACAGAGCCGUUGACCACAGCCCUCUGGCUGCAACCAAUCCAAACAAUUCCUCAUCCAUCCCUCUCCAUUUCAGACGUGCUGCAGGACCACGUCAGAGGCCUUGCACAAAUCCAGAAACCAUCCUGUGGGGACAGGGGAGCGUGGAGAGGCACAGCUUUGCCACUGUCACUUUGUGCUGUGCUAAGAAGCAGCUAAGUUUCCUCGUGGUGAUGGCAAAAGUAAUGUAAAAUGGAAAGAAGCUUUCAGCUGGUGGUGUUCUGUAAGGCAGUGAGGCAGCACCGGGUUGCUUCUCAGUACUGGGGUGCUCCCUGAAGGGUGAGGUGAGGCUGAGAAUGGAGUCAAAUGGGCCAAGGGCACGGGGGAGAAAUGCAGAACAACGCCCUGUCUGGCAUCAAGAGGCUGUAUUUAGAGGGAGACUAUAAACAACAUGAAGAGCGACUGGUUAUACGGUCUGAUAAUAGGGAACGGUUUUAAACUUAGAGGGGAGGUUAAGGUUGUAGGUUAGGAGGAAAUUCUUCACUCAGAGGAUGGGGAGGUGCUGGUACAGCCUGCCCAGAGAGGUUGUGGGUACCCCAUCCCUGGAGGUGCUCAAGGUUGGGUUGGAUGGGACCCUUCCUGUCUGUCCUACUUCCUGUGAUUGAUGCCAUUCGUAGUUGGUGCGUCCCAUUCAACUCUUCUUUUGUGCCAGGACAGGUUCAGUUUUCUCACAUUCCACAAAUUUAGCUUAAGAAAAUGCAAAUCUUUGGGAUGAAAGGAGUGCACCUCUGCGAGCAGUAAAAGCACUUUGUAUUUGAAUUACGGAUUCAAAUUAGUUAAUUAAGCAUUAAGGUGGGGAAAAACCAGUCUUGGCUGAUCUGCUGCCUGUGGGACAAGUCCUCAUUCUCAAAGCACCACUGAAAUUUUAUACUCAGUGGAAAAUCCCAUCCCUCUCAUCCUUGAAUUCUCUGUAUCCACAGGUACAUGAGAAGGAGCAAUCAAGCCCUCUGUGAACUGUGACUGUAUUAAUUGUUGUGGGGUGCUGUAAGAGACUGAGAAGCAAGAGGGCUAAAUGUCCCAAAUGCUCCCUAGAAGAGUGAAUUGAGAGCACAGCGCUAAGAACAUAAGGAGCAGUCGGAGGAGAGGCCUAUUAAAAUGGAAGUAACAUCUCUCCAGUGCAUCUGAUCUCAUAAAACUAUCAAGAUCUGGGAGAGAAUGAGACCAACCUACAGCCCCUCCAACCCGCUGCUCUUGGGAAAAGCCAAACCCCAAUCACGUUGAAGGGGGCACGACGACCACCUGGACCCCAGACUCAUUUACAACCAGUGACAGAACUCCUCCUCGAGUCGUGACAGAGGAUUUCGAGAGACUGAGUGUCCCUGGUCUGCACCCCUUCUAUUUGUGGCCAUGGUUGUCAUCACCCACCUGGUGUUUUCCUCUUAAUCAGCACCCACCUGGUGUUCUAAUCUUUUCCAGGUCAAGGAAUUGUAACACUGAGGUUUACUGUGGCUUAUACACCUGAACGAGACAUAUGUCAACGCAGCAGUUGAGCCUAUUUGUCACACAGCCCCCAUCCUACCCCCUCCUCUAACGAGAGGGAAAAUGCUGCUUGCUGUUACUUUGCCUUUUGUGUGAAUUCCUGUCCCAAGGGAGUGCUUAUAUUGACUGCAUGUUCUGGAAGGCCAAGUGGGGACAGGCCCAAAUCUUGCACAGUUGAUGAAACUGAGCAAUGAGCAAUUUGUAACGAGCUGGAGCCUCCACCCUCAUAUCCACCAACACCUCAUAAGCCUCUGCAGCUCCUGUUAGCAUCUAGGAGCUCCACUGAAACUCUGGUUUGGCCCAUUAAUCUAUGCUGUAAUACAGGUUUGUUGGUCUCAAGCUCCACUACAGCCGUUCCUGUGCUUGACCACUGGUCCUCACAAUGUGAGAAACAGGUAGGAAAGCUCCCUGUCACUCCACUCUCCUCCAGGAGUUCAUAAACAUGAAUCAGAUGUGAAAAAAAAGGACAGCAGAACCCUCCACAUUCCUGGCAUGCCAUGAAGGGCUGUGUGUUACACUCGAGGGAGAAAAGAAACCAACCAACACAAUUUUAUUGAGUUUCAGACUCUGAAUGAAGAGAACAGGGCUGCGUGCUGCUGCUUAAUGCUUAUUCCCCAGUUAUUCUCUUAUGAACAGUAACUCCAACAUGAUUUUUUCUUUUUCCUCCAAGAAAGCAGCUUACUGUCCCUUCCACAAAGCUGAUUCACCUGAGCGCACACGGGGCAUCUCAGUGUGCGCGGCCACAUUCUGGUGGUGACGUGGACACUGAGACUUGAUUUAUGCUUAGAAAGUUCUGUGUUUGUUAGGCAGAAGCUAAUUGCUUGCAGCUGGGAACCUGCUGAACCAGUGCAGUGUUCAGGAAGGAGCAGCUCACGUUCCUCCUGCUCUGCGAAAGCUGGAGAUGUUUCUUCCAUCUUAGCUUUCUUCCUCCUUGCUUCAUGCAAAGGCAAAACUGGAGCUGUCAAGAUCAUCUAGGGAACAGUAUGAGAACUACCAGAUUCGGGUGCAAAUCUAACCAAUCUAGGACCAGAGUUUAGAGACAGGUUGUUCAUUUGGUGCUCAUUUAUUGUCAAUAUCUACCCGCCCCUUCGUAACCAGGAGUUACUUUGUGGAGCCCUUUUAAUUGACGUGCAUAAAAGUAGUGAUGAUGGAGGCACAUUUUAAAUGCUGAGCACGACGACCAGUUGAUUGCUGUGUCCCACUCUCUGUAACCUCACCCCCUGUGAUCUCCUUUAUUUUUUCCCCAAUUGCUUUUAAACCCGAAGCACCCCAGAACAUAUUAGGAAUGUUCUCGAUACGGGGUUUCGCUUUCUGUUCAUGUAAUUUCCUUUUGUGUUUCUUCAGCGUGUUCUCACGUUUAUUCCUCCAAUUUGUUCUCCAGCUCAUCUUUCUUGUGUUAUUCUUCAUUUAUACUGCAGAGUUAUUAGGGACAAAUGCAGCUCACACCAUAAGCAACGAUGGUGAAUGUAAGAAGCCCCAAAAGCUGGAAGAGCUCUUAAAAGCCCAGCAUUAUUCAGCCACCUGUCCUCAUAAAUACAUUCCUCUCUCCUGCCACAGCUAGUGACAGCUAAUAGUAAGAGGUGCAAUCAGUGACAGGUGAUAAGGAGUUUUCUCCCUCUUGAAAAAUGCUUUCUGUUUAACUGAUUUUCAUAAUAUUUGCAUUAAGAUCCAGGUGCAGGACACAUACAUAGAUUUAGCGAAUCAGCAUGGUGCAAGAUGUUUGAAAAUCUUUUUUUUUUGGCCCAGGAAGGACGUGCUAGCUAGAAUCUCAUAGCAAUGUACAUUAAUUAAAGCCAGAAAUGCUUAAAAAUGAGAGCUGGCGAUGCAAAGUAGGUAACAACGCGGUAAUUCUUUAACCACGACUCUUGUGGAUGUUUAAGUUGAGACUGAUGUUUCUUCUCCUAGAAUUGUGGUGCUAAGCAGUAUGGGCAAUGCAUCAUGAUCCUAUUUCCAGCAAGUUAUCAGUUCCCUUCACUUGACAUUCUGUUCAGUGCUCAGUCUUAAACAUUCACAGGCGUGUGCAUCAGGCUUACCAGACUCAAACCCUCCUGCAUCUAAUGGGAAGAAAUGAGAACCUCCACGACCUGAGCAGUAGGUAAAAAAAGUAGAAAGUAGAUCAGUUAAGUGUCUGCAUUACCUGGAUGGACCUCAGAGAGAUGGAAUGUUUGCACCACGCGAGACAUCAGUUCCAAAGUCAAAGGAUACAAAGGCGAAGAAGUGGGCAAAAAAAAUCCUUGCUAACUGUGAAAUAAAUCACUUCUUGUUUCCGAAUUCACACCCAAUCAACGGAUCCUUCCUGAGAAAUCAUAAAGGAAGGGAGAUGAAAGGGUGAAAGGUGCCUGAUGUCCCUGUGAGUUGGGGCAGCUGUGACUUUCAUGUCCUGCUCCUGUCCCCUGACAGGAUUGUUGGUUGCUACAACCAACAAGAACUUAAACACCCAUCCUGUGUCAGUGGGCAUCAUCACCACCAUCCUCUUUAAGCACUGAGCCAGUGCCACGUGUCCUUUUAUGCAGAGACUGAGUCUGUGCUAUGAUUUUAUAUUCAGCUGAUGGACCAAAAUUCAGCUCAAGCUGCAGAGUCCAUGCAGGGAACAGAAGAGCCUCAGCAACUGAGAAUUCUGGACACUGUGUGAAAGCCUUUUAGGUAAUGUAGGCAUGUCUACUGAAGAUCUCAAAAGACACAGCAACACGUGUAACCAUUAUCAUCCCUUACCUCUGGACUCAGAUUGAUAAGGAGAUUAAUAAUUCAUCUUCUCUUGAGAUAAAGCACACUGAAUAUGGCAGCACUUCAGAGAGUGCUCUAAAGACUGGGUGCAAGCAAAUCUCCAGGUGGUAGAUCUCUGCGUUAGCAGCAGGUACAGAAGGUCAAGAGCUUUUUUGAUAAAUGAUCCCUGAACUGCUUUUGGGUUUCAUUGUAGGUGUUUGGACCGCAGUCUGGCCAUGACACAAUCCAAACCUUUGCUUUUGCUCUCUGUUUAUCCACCCUGUGGAUGAACAACAACUGCCCUGACCUGGGGGACUGAGAGCAGCAAAAUUCUGCCUGAAGAUUAAGGACACGCUCAAUACUGCUAGCAGGCAACUUACAGCACCUCUCAUCAAAAGCCAGCUGGAAGAUGGAUCGAACACAAGGGGAAUCCUGCCCCACAGAUCUCAAGCCCUUCCCAAGCUGAGUGGAAACACUCGGCCUGUCUUCAUCGUCCAGCACAGAGCAAAGCAACCGUGGUCACGCCAUGCAAACAGCUGAAGUUCUUUGCAGCUCAUCAGCCCUCUGCACUCACACACCUCCAUGCUUUUGGUCCCUCAGACUGGACUGCUCUUUUAAAUGCUGCUUCAAGCCCAGCUCCACGCAAGCAAAGCAUCACAGAGAAAUGCAUCUUUCUGAAGGAGCGGUCGGGUGAAUCUUGUGUGGGAGGAAAGUUCUCAUUUCUAAACAGACGAGGCGUUGCUGUGUGCACGAAGCUGUAGUCUGGCCAGGCCAGAGAGCGCUAAGAAAGGGUGAUGCAAAAAUAGCACAGGCUGAUUCUGAGCAUGCAGAAAGUUCAUCACUCACCACAGAGUGAGUUCCCAGCACGUGGCGACGUUUUGUUUGUCUCCAGAUUGCGUGUAGCCCUCUGUUGGUUGUCUCUGUGGGCUGAUGCAGGGCCAGAGCUCCCGGUGGCUGAGUUCCUCCAUUCUCAGAGCAGACAGCAGAACUGCAGCUGUGGUCCUGCUCUGCCCCUUGACUUCACCAUCAGCCCUACAUCCAAGCAGGGACAUGUUCUCAAUUGUGAGCCCAGAGAAAAUGUUUUGUGGGACAGAGGAGUGGGGAGAGGCGCUAGUUUACUUCUACUGCAAGGAAUGAAACUGCAGUGCUGUUUCCUUGCGGUGACAACGGCAGCGAUAGUGAGUGCAAAGAAGUUUUCUGCUGUUGGAGUUCUGCAGGUGAUGGAGAGUGUGUGGCUGCACUCAAGGCUUUGGGUUGUUUGCAGGCUUCUCACUGCUGGGAUGCUCCCUGGAGAGUGAGAUUGGGCUGAGAAUGCAGUCUAAAGAGUAAAGGAGCAGUGGGGAUAUGUGUAAAGCACAGAAGAGAUGCCCUGCCUGGUGCAGAGAGGUUGUAUUUGAAGAGAUCUUGUAAACAAGAUGGACAGUGAUUGAUUACACAGUUUGGCAGUGGCAGGACAAAGAGAAAGGUUUUAAAAUAGAUGUGGGGUGAUUAAUGUCAGACGCUAGGAAGAAAUUCUUGAUUCAGUGUGUGUUGAGGCUCUGGCACAGGCUGCCCGGAGAAGCAGUGCAUGCCCCAUCUCUGGAGGUGCUCAAGGAUGGAACGUAAGAUUCUAUGAUUCUAUCUAGGUAUAGAUAACUGUAUUAUCUUUAAGAUCCCUUCCAAAUCAAACCUUUCUCUUUUAUGACUCUGUGAUAGACCGGGGGUGGUCAGCAGUUUGGAGGAGACAGAGCAAGGAGGACAGCUGACCUAAAGAGACCAAAGUGACACUGCAUGCAGAAUGAGGCCAUGAUCAGCAAGGAGAUGUGGGGAAAAGAGGGAGAAGGGAGAAGUUUCCUCCCUUCAGGAAACAGGAAACGCGGACCAUGCUGAGGGCUCUACGUGUCCUGAAAUAAAAGCGGUGUCUCUGCUGACGCAGUAGAUGCACCAUAGGCUGCAUCACAGCCUCUCGCUGUGAAUAACUCUCCAUCAGCUGCAGAAGCACCACAGGACACGUCCGAGGCUCACAAGACAAACCUGUGACCAUCUGCACCCAGCUCACAGCAAAGCAGGCACCGGGAGAAGAGAUCUCCAAAAGAUGUGGGUGCAGACAGGAUGGGCCACGCCGUGUCCUCGUAUCUCUGCCCUCCUGCUGCUGGUGCUUGGUACUGGUGGGAGCACACAGAACAUCUGCAGCUCCAGGACUGAUGGUGCUCUCCAGGCUCCUGUCCUGUACCUUAACGCAUCCAGUGCUCAGGAAGGGGACGUUGUCCUGGCUCAGUGUGUUCUUCAGGACCAGUUUCCUGCUACCCGAAUUGUCUUCUGCAAGGAUGGGUUGGAGGUGUACAGCAUGAAAGCCCAAGAGGGCAAGGUCAUCAACUCCAUGCUGCUGAGCAUCACUGAGAGAAGCAGUGGGACUUACAAGUGUUUGUACGAGCAGAGGAACGAGAAAAACUGGCUGAGGAGCUCUGUCCUCAGUGCUCCCUGGGACCUGCAUGUCACAGGCCACGUGUCCGGCUCCACGGAAGGGACAGCAACUGCUGACCCCAACAACCAGCAGGCCUCCGCAGUCACUGCGGUGGCAUCGGUGACUGUCAUCCUCCUCCUGUCUGCAGCGACCUUCUGGACCGUCAAGAAAGAACAUGGGCACCUGGUGGAUGAGAGAUUGCCGUGGGUUUGGAUCGAACGCAGUGCCCAAUGCAAGGAGGCAUCAUUUAGUGAAUAUCCCCAGCAAACACACAGCCCAAAUCCAUUUCCCUUUCCUCUCCAGGCAGCAGCACGUUCCCAGCCAGCAGAUGGAAGCCACCGACUAUGGAGAACUACACUAUGCCACCAUUGUCCACUAUCAAAGGGACAAGAAAAAUGGCAAAUCACGAGAUACUUUUUCCAGCCACACAUCACACUCUCCUCUCUGACUUCUGCAAACACCUCCCCCCGUUGUGCAGAACUGCAGCCCCUUGUUGCUGCUGCCAGAAUUGUGCGGUUCCUCCUCGGAAGCUCCAGAAAUGGUUCUAUUUGAGGAGUUGGAAGAACAUUUCUGAGAGUUGGAAAGAAAGCGAAGGGGGAAAAUCUUGCCAACAAUUAUGAAGAAGAGGCUAUCUAGCAAGGAAGUGCUGCCCCAGAUGUGCUCUUAUUUUUGCUAGCUGUCUCCUGCCUGCUUCUUCCUGCGUGCGUGGCUCCUGGUGCACCUGGAGUCUCCUCGUUCAGGGCCUGCAGGCUGUAGCUGCAGUAAUUGGGCUUUUCUUUCCCCUCCAGCCUCCUGUGAAGCAGAUAAAUGACAGCAGAGCCCUGUAGGCUACAGCAUGGCAAGGGCCCUGGGACUGGGUCACGGCCACUGUGUUUCCUUGCACAGGGCUCCUGGGGUGUAACGUGGGGCAGAGAGUAUUUAUGGGGUUUGCUCUCAUGUCACAUCUGGCAGAAUAAGAUUUAUGACUUGCUUAUGUACAUAAUGCCUGCAAUAUUAAUAAAACAUCACAGAUACACCAAAGUGGAACAUAAUGAUGUGUCAUGCAAAUCCACAAGCUGCACUUUGCUGCAUCAUCGAUCUCACCACAGUCUUGAAUCAGAGGAAUCAUGGAGUGAUGAGCUGUGGUUAUGCAUUACUGCUGUGGCUUCAGGUGGAAGAAGCUCUGAAGAUGCCCAGGCUGGCUGUGUUUUGGUACCCGCAAUGAGCCUGAAGUGCAAGGAUUCUGUCACAGCCCUGUGCACAGAAUGUCGCUCUCAGGGUGCAUUCAGAGAGAAUUACACCAGAUUCAGCUGGGAAGACUAAGGGAAUCUUGUGUGCCUCUGUGUCACAGACUGGCUUUGUUCUGUCACCGUGUCUGUGACUGAUUAAACAGCAGAACAGAAGUGAAAAUGAAAGCAGAAGCAGCAGCGGGCUGCGCACCCACCUGUGGUCUGAUUCUGUACGCUUUGAAGCUGAGUGUUUGUUUGUGAAAGGCUCCGUGUGGUUUUGGGGUUUCCUCAUCUCUUGGACAAUGUCAUGGCAGUUACAGGACUUCUACAUGGAGCACACAUUACUCAAAACGAUGUUGAAAUUUGCUCACACGGGGCCAGACGAGCCUUAUGUGUUCACAGGUGUGUGCAUCAGGGCUCAUCAGACUCAAACUCUCCUCAUCUAACGAGGAGAAAUGAGUACCUCAGAGACCUGAGCUGAGGCAGGUCAGUGAAGGUGCAGCAUUGCAUCUCAGACAGAUGAACGUUUCCAGCAUGGGAGGCACAAGGGCAAAAGCCAAUGAACACAAAGGCAAUGCAGUGGGCAGAUGUUUAGAAAAAUCUUUACUUCCUGACUGUGAAAUGAAUGACUUCUUGUUUCCUAAUGCACACCCAACCAAUGGAUUGUUGCUCAGAGAUCACACAGCAUCACAGAAUUGUAGGGGUUGGAAGGGACCUCCAGAGCUCAUCGAGUCCAACCCCCUGCCAAA